AUGAUUAAAAAUAAUUGUUAUCAAACAUUGUUUAUGACUGCAACACUAUAUAACGACACAAUAUUUUCUAACGCAUAACCAUUCAACAACCUUUCUAAGGACUUCAACGACAUAUUUUCUUGGAUUUCUCAGUUCCCAAUUUUGUUAAAAUGGCAGUUCCCAUUUCUUAUAUUGCUGUUGUAGCAAUCGUCGUUCUAUAUGGAGUUAAGGCUUCACCUUUUGACCCAGACUUGGAUGUUCACUGGCAGAACUUCAAAAGAGCAUUCCAAAAGCAGUACAGUGGGGAAGAAGAAAGCAAGAGAAGACUCAUUUGGGAAAACCACGUCGCUGACAUUGUGAGGCACAAUUUGGAAUAUGACCUUGGAAUUCAUACGUACAGAAAGGGGCUAAAUGAAUAUACUGAUCUGAGCCACGAAGAAUUUGUAAAAACGUUGAAUGGAUUCAAAGGAGUAAGACUUAACAAGUCAACAUCUACUUUUGUGCCACUUUUCAAUGUCAAUUUGCCCGACACGGUCGACUGGAGACAAAAGGGACUCGUAACUGGUAUUAAGAAUCAAGGCCAAUGCGGUUCUUGUUGGGCUUUCUCUACAACUGGAUCUCUGGAGGGGCAACACAAAAAGAAAACAGGAAAACUAGUAUCUCUGAGUGAACAAAACCUUAUGGACUGCUCAGGACCAGAAGGUAACAUGGGCUGUGAAGGAGGACUUAUGGACCAAGCUUUCGAAUACAUAAAGAAAAACAAGGGAAUUGAUACUGAACAAUCCUAUCCAUACACUGCUCAAGAUGGAACUUGCCAUUACAAAAAAGCCAGCUCAGGAGCUACUUGCACUGGAUAUGUCGACGUAGCGUCAGGGGAUGAAAGUGCUCUACAACAAGCAGUUGCAACGAUUGGACCAAUAUCGGUUGCUAUCGAUGCCAGCCAAGAAAGUUUUCAGCUUUACCAGGGAGGUAUAUACAACGAACCUGCAUGUAGUAGUAUGUUCCUAGAUCACGGUGUCUUGGCUAUCGGCUAUGGUUCUGAAAAUGGCGUUGAUUACUGGCUCGUCAAAAACAGCUGGGGUACAUCUUGGGGAGAAAAUGGCUACAUCAAAAUGUCCAGGAACAAGAAUAACCAAUGUGGUAUUGCUACACAAGCCAGCUACCCUCUCGUGUGAUCUCUAAUAGAAAGCUAAAGAACUGAAAAUUCUUAUGUGUUUGUUUCAAGACUUCUAAAUUUGUUUUUUAUCCAUUUGUAUCAGGACUAUGUGAAUAAGAAGGAUUUAAAUUAUAAUCGACAUGGAAUUUAAGCUAUUAAAAUAAUUUUAUUUUUGAUUGUUUCCAAUAAAAUACCUGAAAUAUG